GCAGGCGCCUUUCGCCUCCUCUCUGGGCCCUCUUGAGCCGCGAUUCGCGUUGUUUCUCUGUGGACCCGUCUUAGACACGUGACCUCGGAGCCGCUAGGCCUAGCGUACCGGGAGGAGAAGCGGCGAACAUGUCCAAGCGGCACCGACUGGACCUGGGCGAGGAUUAUGCCACGAGUAAGAAGAGAGGAGAAGGGAAGGACCGGGAUCGUGAUAGAGAUGACCGCUCAAAGGACCGAGAUCGUGACAGAGACCGUGAUCGCGAGCGGGAUAGAGACAAAGAUAAAGAAUCUCGUGCUACGUCGAACACUCCAUUUAUCUCAGCUGGUGGAGUACAGGCCGUGAAGCCGGCAGCACUUCCCCAGGGCGUCAAUCCAUAUACCAACUUACCCCACACACCACGGUACUAUGAAAUCCUGAAGAAGCGUCUGCUGUUGCCUGUCUGGGAGUACAAGGAACGUUUUACAGAUAUCCUCAUAAGGAACCAGUCUUUUGUCUUGGUGGGAGAGACGGGUUCUGGAAAAACUACACAGAUCCCUCAGUGGUGUGUAGAAUACAUGAGGUCGUUACCUGGUCCAAAGAGAGCCGUUGCCUGUACCCAGCCCAGAAGAGUGGCUGCCAUGAGCGUGGCUCAGAGAGUUGCCGAUGAAAUGGAUGUUAUGCUUGGCCAAGAGGUUGGCUACUCUAUUCGAUUUGAAGACUGCAGCAGUGCGAAAACAACUCUGAAGUACAUGACUGAUGGUAUGUUACUCCGAGAGGCAAUGAACGACCCCUUGUUGGAGCGCUAUGGUGUAGUCAUACUUGACGAAGCCCAUGAAAGAACUUUAGCUACAGAUAUUUUAAUGGGCGUUUUAAAAGAGGUUGUUCGACAAAGGAAUGAUUUAAAGGUUAUAGUCAUGAGCGCCACUCUUGAUGCAGGAAAGUUUCAAGUUUACUUCGAUAGCUGUCCUCUCCUCACUAUUCCUGGUCGCACACAUCCUGUAGAAAUCUUUUACACUCCGGAGCCCGAGAGAGACUAUCUAGAAGCAGCCAUUCGUACAGUCAUUCAGAUUCAUAUGUGUGAAGAGGAGGAGGGAGAUCUUCUGCUCUUCCUUACCGGCCAAGAGGAAAUUGAUGAAGCGUGCAAAAGGAUAAAAAGAGAAAUUGAUGACUUGGGCCCUGAAGUUGGAGAUAUAAAGAUCAUCCCUCUAUAUUCUACCCUUCCACCCCAGCAACAGCAGAGAAUAUUUGAACCCCCUCCACCCAAGAAACCCAGUGGUGCAAUAGGAAGGAAAGUUGUGGUAUCCACUAACAUCGCUGAGACCUCAUUAACCAUUGAUGGUGUUGUAUUUGUGAUCGAUCCUGGAUUUGCUAAGCAAAAGGUGUACAACCCUCGAAUUCGGGUAGAGUCUCUUCUGGUUACUGCUAUCAGCAAGGCUUCCGCACAGCAAAGAGCAGGUCGUGCUGGUCGUACCAGGCCCGGCAAAUGCUUCAGACUUUACACAGAGAAGGCGUAUAAAACAGAAAUGCAGGACAACACAUACCCGGAGAUUUUGAGAUCCAACUUGGGCUCAGUGGUGCUGCAGCUGAAAAAGCUUGGUAUUGAUGACUUGGUACACUUUGACUUCAUGGAUCCACCAGCCCCUGAAACACUGAUGCGAGCUUUGGAGUUGCUAAAUUACCUUGCUGCCUUAAAUGAUGAUGGUGAUCUGACUGAACUGGGAUCCAUGAUGGCAGAGUUUCCCCUCGACCCCCAGCUUGCCAAGAUGGUCAUUGCCAGUUGUGACUUCAAUUGUUCUAAUGAGAUCCUAUCCAUAACGGCUAUGUUGUCAGUCCCACAGUGUUUUAUUCGACCCACGGAAGUCAAGAAAGCUGCAGAUGAAUCCAAGAUGAGGUUUGCCCACAUAGAUGGCGAUCAUCUGACGCUGCUGAACGUCUACCACGCUUUCAAACAGAACCACGAGUCGUCUCAGUGGAGUUAUGACAACUUCAUUAACUACAGGUCCCUGAUGUCUGCAGACAAUGUACGGCAGCAGCUGUCACGAAUCAUGGACAGGUUUAACUUGCCACGUAGAAGCACAGACUUCACCAGCCGGGAUUAUUACAUUAAUAUCAGAAAAGCCCUGGUUACCGGCUAUUUUAUGCAGGUGGCACAUUUGGAAAGAACCGGCCAUUACCUGACCGUGAAAGACAACCAGGUUGUGCAGUUGCAUCCUUCUACGGUUCUGGACCACAAGCCAGAGUGGGUCCUUUAUAAUGAAUUUGUCCUUACAACAAAGAAUUACAUCCGCACAUGCACAGACAUAAAGCCGGAAUGGUUGGUGAAAAUUGCUGCCCAGUACUACGACAUGAGCAACUUCCCACAGUGUGAAGCCAAGAGGCAGCUGGAAAGACUCAUUGCCAAAUUUCAGACAAAGGAGUACUCCCAGUACUGAGGGUUCACGAAUGAGUUUUUUUAUUCAAUUUUUUUUUUUUUUUGAGAUCUAGAGAAUGUGGACUGAUAAAUUUGUACCUUGUUGUGAUGGUUCAGUGAUGGCCUUGAUCUGAAAGCUUUUUAAUUUUUGUUCUUUCAUGACGUUCUUACAUAAAUGAAACAUUUAUGGCUCCCCUUUGUGUUGACACUGUAGCUCGUACUGGAAACAUCGAUCAAUGUUUUUGCAGUUUAUUGGAAGUAGUUCUAUAUAUAACAAUACUCUGAGCAUUUCACUAGAAAUGUUUGAAUCCGCUUCUGAAACGUGAUCAGACCAUGUUAUGCAUGAGCGUUGUAACCGGUGACAUUCCUUUAUAGAAGUUGUGUGAAAUGCUACAACUAGUGCAUCUGUAGUCCCAAACUUCGGCCUCAGUGUGGAGGCAUCGGCUUCAAUAAAGUCUAUUUAUACUAAA